GGAGCGUUCGGCCUCAGUCAGGCGCUCCGCUCCGUUUCGGUUUCACUUCCGGUGAGGGGCCGCCUCAGAGCGGGCGUAGAGCCGACAGCGAGCGCAGGCGGCGGCGGUGACUGCGGCGCCGCUGCCGGGGGGCGUGCAGCAGCGCGGCGGCAGCGGCGGCUGGGCCUCGAUCGCCCGCAGCCCACCUCUCAGGGGCGGGCUCCCGGAGCGAGCAGGGCGGACGAGAAGAUGGAGGAGCUGGUGGUGGAAGUGCGGGGCUCCAAUGGCGCUUUCUACAAGGCAUUUGUAAAAGAUGUUCAUGAAGAUUCAAUAACAGUGGCAUUUGAAAACAACUGGCAGCCAGAGAGGCAGAUUCCAUUCCAUGAUGUGAGAUUCCCACCACCUGUAGGUUAUAAUAAAGAUAUAAAUGAAAGCGAUGAAGUUGAGGUUUAUUCCAGAGCAAAUGAAAAAGAGCCUUGCUGUUGGUGGUUAGCUAAAGUGAGGAUGAUAAAGGGUGAGUUUUAUGUGAUAGAAUAUGCAGCAUGUGAUGCUACAUACAAUGAAAUUGUCACAAUUGAACGUUUACGUUCAGUUAAUCCCAACAAACCUGCCACAAAAGAUACUUUCCAUAAAAUCAAACUGGACGUUCCAGAAGACUUACGACAAAUGUGUGCCAAAGAAUCGGCACAUAAGGACUUUAAAAAGGCAGUUGGUGCCUUUUCUGUAACUUAUGAUGCAGAAAACUAUCAGCUUGUCAUUUUGUCUAUCAAUGAAGUCACCUCAAAGCGUGCACACAUGCUGAUUGACAUGCACUUUCGGAGUCUGCGCACUAAGCUGUCUCUGAUACUGAGAAAUGAAGAAGCCAGUAAGCAGCUAGAGAGUUCAAGGCAACUUGCCUCAAGGUUUCACGAACAGUUUAUUGUACGAGAAGAUCUGAUGGGUCUAGCUAUUGGUACUCAUGGUGCUAAUAUUCAGCAAGCUAGAAAGGUACCUGGGGUCACUGCUAUUGAUCUAGAUGAAGAUACCUGCACAUUUCAUAUUUAUGGGGAGGACCAGGAUGCAGUGAAAAAGGCUCGAAGCUUUCUGGAAUUUGCUGAAGAUGUCAUACAAGUUCCAAGGAACUUAGUAGGCAAAGUAAUAGGAAAAAAUGGAAAACUGAUUCAGGAGAUUGUGGACAAGUCAGGAGUUGUGAGGGUGAGAAUUGAAGCUGAAAAUGAGAAAAAUGUUCCACAAGAAGAGGAAAUUAUGCCACCAAAUUCCCUACCUUCCAGUAACUCAAGGGUUGGACCUACUCCUUCAGAAGAAAAAAAGCAUAUAGAUGUAAAGGAAAACAGCACUCAUUUUUCUCAGCCUAACAGCACAAAAGUCCAGAGGGUGUUAGUGGUUUCAUCAAUUGUAGCAGGGGAAUCCCAGAAACCUGAACUCAAGGCUUGGCAGGGUAUGGUACCAUUUGUUUUUGUGGGAACAAAAGACAGCAUCGCUAAUGCCACUGUUCUUCUGGAUUAUCACCUGAACUAUUUAAAGGAAGUAGACCAGUUGCGUUUGGAGAGAUUACAAAUUGAUGAGCAAUUGCGACAGAUUGGAGCUAGUUCUAGACCACCACCAAAUCGUACAGAUAAGGAAAAAGGCUAUGUGACUGAUGAUGGUCAAGGAAUGGGUCGAGGUAGUAGACCUUACAGAAAUAGGGGGCACGGCAGACGCGGUCCUGGAUAUACUUCAGGAACUAAUUCUGAAGCAUCAAAUGCUUCUGAAACAGAAUCUGACCACAGAGAUGAACUCAGUGAUUGGUCAUUAGCUCCAACAGAGGAAGAGAGGGAGAACUUCCUGCGCAGAGGAGACGGGCGACGGCGUGGAGGUGGAGGAAGAGGACAGGGAGGAAGAGGACGCGGAGGUGGUUUCAAAGGAAACGAUGAUCACUCCCGAACAGAUAAUCGUCCACGUAAUCCAAGAGAGGCUAAAGGAAGAACAGCAGAUGGAUCCCUCCAGAUCAGAGUUGACUGCAAUAAUGAAAGGAGUGUCCACACUAAAACAUUACAGAAUACCUCCAGUGAAGGUAACCGGCUGCGUACGGGUAAAGAUCGUAACCAGAAGAAGGAAAAGCCAGACAGCGUGGAUGGUCAGCAACCACUUGUGAAUGGAGUACCCUAAACGGCAUAAUUCUGGAGUUAUAUUCCAUAUACCAUUUCCGUAAUUCUUAUUCCAUAUUAGAAACUUUGUUAGGCCAAAGACAAAUAGUAGGCAAGGUGGCACAGGGCAUGAAAUGAACACCAAUUCUGUUAAGAAUUUUAUUUUUUGUCAUAUUGGCCAUAAGCAACAGUUUUCAGAUUUGCACAAAGAGAUCUUAAAAUUUUGAAACUUUUUUUUUUUUUUUUUUUUUUUUGGCGGUACGCGGGCCUCUCACUGUUGUGUCCUCUCCCGUUGCCGAGCACAGGCUCCGGACGCACAGGCUCAGCGGCCAUGGCUCACGGGCCCAGCCGCUCCGAGGCAUGUGGAAUCUUCCCGGACCGGGGCACAAACCCAUGUCCCCUGCAUCGGCAGGUGGACUCUCAACCACUGCGCCACCAGGGAAGUCCUUGAAACAUUACUUUUAAGUAAUUAAGUAUACUUAGCACUUCAGGACAGGAUUUUCGUUUGGUUUAUUUUUUAAAUACCAAGCAGUGGUAUUCUUUCUUAAUUUGGACCGUUACCCUGCAUUGGGUGAUAACUCACUGGUACAUUUCAGUUUUUCUGAAUAAAUAGCAUUUAUGGUAAUCAUAUUACACUUCUGUUUUCAGUUUCAUACGGAAGGCCAAUGACAUUUCAUGUCCUGUGUCAGUUUAUGUUUUGGUCCACUUUUCCAGUAUUUUAGUGGACCUUGAGAUGUGUGUGAUGUGACGUUUGUCAUUUUCAUUAGCAAAAAAAAAGUUGUAUGAUCUGUGCCUUUUUUAUAUCUUGGCAGGUAGGAAUAUUAUAUUUGGAUGCAGAGUUCAGGGAAGAUAAGUUGGAAACACUAAAUGUUAAAAGAUGUAGCAAACCCUGUCAAACAUUAGUACUUUAUAGAAGAAUGCAUGCUUUCCAUAUUUUUUUUUCUUACAUAAACAUCAGGUUAGGCAGUAUAAAGAAUAGGACUUGUUUUUGUUUUUGUUUUGUUGCACUGAAGUUUGACAAAUAGUGUUAUUGAGAGGGAUGUGUAAUUUUUCUAUAUAGACAGGAGGAGAAAUAACUGUCUUUUCAUUUGAGAGAGGCUAAGCAUUUUCAGCUAGGAGUAUAUCUUCCUGGUCAAAAGUUAGUAGGAUAUGCCUGCUCUUUGGCCUGAUGACCAGUUUUAAAUUAGAGCUGUUUUUAUUUUGUCCUCCCCAAGUUUUGUGAAGUUUUUCAUAUUUUAAUUUCAAGCUUAUUUGGGGGAGAUAGGAAGGUCAUUUCCAUGUGUGCAUAAUAAUCCUAUGAAAUACAGAUACUUUGUCUAAGAAACAAUGGAAGCAGGUUAAAUGUUUUGUAAACUUUGAAAUAUUAGGUCCAAAUGUAUAAGCAGAAUUGGAAAGCAGACUAGGAUUGGUUAACAAAUGAUAUUUUUUUUCUUUAGUUUUUUGACGUGUUGGAUUUUGGGUUUGAGUCUAUUUUUUUUGUUGUUAUGUAUGAGAUUUACAGAAGAAAAAUAUGUGAAGGACCUUCACUCUAAGAUGUUAUAUUUUUCUUAAAAAAUAACUCCAAGUAGGGGUACCACUGAAUCUGUACAGAGCCGUACAAACCGAAGUUCUGCCUCUGAUGUAUUUUGUGAGUUUGUUUCUUUGAAUUUUCAUUUUACAGUUACUUUUCCUUGCAUACAAAUAAGCAUAUAAAAAUGGCAACAAACUGCACAUGAUUUCAAGAAUAUUAAAAAGUCUUUUAAAAGUAUUGCCAAACAUUAAUGUUGAUUUCUAGUUAUUUAUUCUGGGAAUGUAUAGUAUUUGAAAACAGAAAUUGGUACCUUGCACACAUCAUCUGUAAGCUGUUUGGUUUAAAAUACUGUAGAUAAUUAACCAAGGUAGAAUGACCUUGUAAUGUAACUGCUCUUGGGCAAUAUUCUCUGUACAUAUUAGCAACAACAGAUUGGAUUUUAUGUUGACAUUUGUUUGGUUAUAGUGCAAUAUAUUUUGUAUGCAAGCAGUUUCAAUAAAGUUUGAUCUUCCUCUGCUAAAUUGACGUUGAUGCAAUCCUUACAAAUGAUUGCUUUUAAAAUUUUAAGAUAGGAAAAGAAAUCUAUAAAGCGUUCUGUUACAAAAUGUAACUGUAUUACCAUUGGAAAUUUCACAUGUCAUAGGAAGUUAGCUGUUAUCUACCAACUUUCAAGAACUUGAUCUUGUUUAAUAAGGUGAAAAAAGUCAACAAAAUGGUACAAAAGCACAUUGUGCCAUUACAAUAUGCACUAAGUCUCUUUUUUACAAAGGCUGAAUUCAGCAAGGCGCUAACUUGCUUAAAUGUGAAUUACUAACUUCUAAAACUGUAAUUUGAGUCACAUGUUUUCAAACGGAGUUGGAGUUUAUUCAUAUUACAAUAUUUGUGUGCUAAACGUGUAUGUUUUUCAGUUCAG